CCCUCUCUUUCGGUGUUUCCCAUAUCUCUUACAUCAUACAUACAUACUGCUUAUUCCUACUCCGUUGAAAGAAAAGUCAUCUCUCUCUCUCUCUCUCUCUCUCUCUGUUGAGUGGUUUUCGUAAUGUCUCUUUCCGGCGGAAAUCCCGGUGCUGCUGGUGAUGGCGCAGCGGGCAGCGCUGCAGCUGUGCCUCAGCUUUACUUCUGCCACCAAUGUCCCGGUAUGGUGACCGUAACCCCAUCUCCUGCCUUCGAUCUUGCCUGUCCCAAUUGCCAUGGCGAGUUCCUCGAAGAACUCGAAACCCCUAACCCUAACUCUGAGCCCAGCUCCAAUCCCUUCUUUACUUCCUCCGAUCUCCCCCUUCUCUUCUCCUCGGCCACCUCUGCCUCCUCCACCCCCUCUAAUGCCGUCCCCAUUUUCAACGAUCUUUCCUCCCUCUUCGGCGUCCCCCGGACUUCCCCCUUCCAAGACCCCGAAGCCUUCAACCCAUUUCUUUUCCUUCAGAACUACCUUCAAACCCUGGGCGGCAACGUUGAGGUCGUUAUCAAUUCUGGCGGCGACCCGGGGUUCCGUGGCGGUGUCGUUGGGUCCAAUUUAAAUCUUGGCGACUAUUUCUUUGGCCCUGGACUCGAGCAAUUGAUCCAGCAGCUUGCCGAGAACGAUCCUAAUCGAUACGGCACGCCUCCGGCAUCAAAAUCAGCGGUCCAGGCAUUACCGAACAUCAAGAUUUCGGAUGAUUUGUUGGCCCCGGAUUCGUGGCAGUGCGCGGUGUGUAAGGACACGUUCGAGCUGGGCGAGGAGGCCAAGCAGAUGCCGUGCAAGCACAUUUACCAUUCCGAUUGUAUUCUGCCCUGGUUGGAACUGCAUAAUUCUUGUCCUGUGUGUCGGCAUGAGCUGCCAACCGAUGAUCCCGACUACGAGCAGAGGACUCUCAGUAGGUCAUUAUCCUCGGCUGGGAAUCAGAGUCAGACUUGGCCGGCUUCUGCUGUUUCUGGUGGCAGUGGUGGUGCUGGUGAUAUUGGGACUGCGAAUCAGAGUGAGACUGGGGGUGCUGGAGAGAAUCCACUGACUCCGGGGACGGUGGAGCGGAGGGUCAGGAUCUCGUUGCCAUUUCCAUGGCCAUUUAGGGCAUUCGGAUCACCUGCUGAGACCAGCAAUAGUGGGAGUGCUAAUAACAACGCAAGCAAUGAUGGGGAAGGGAAUUCGGGAAAUAGGGGGAAUCAGAACUUCCAGUCGGAGACCAGACAGGAAGAUCUGGAUUGAGGACCAAAGCGCAUUGCUCUUGCUUUUGGUGUAUCAAAACCGGUCUGAACUCUGAAUCUGCAAGCAUUGCUGAACAUAAAAAGGAUCUUACAUUUUAAUGAUUAGGGACAGCUGCAUUUUAAGUAAUUGUUUUGCCACAAUAAUCAUAGGUAAAUGCUCAUCUCUCCAACGUUUAGAGUUCCUUACAGAUUUCAUAAAUUUACAACAAGAUGUUUAUGUUCAGCGAUGUUUGCGUGUUGUAUACUUCAUAGCAUUUUCAGAUCGAUCCAUACUUUUUCGAAUGUUAUUUUGUCAUGGAAUGUUUUCAUACCAAGAGAAUCAACCUCU